AUCCGGACGCACCCUUGUCUGUUUGCCUGAGACGUCAGAUACGUGUCACUUCGUGUAGGGAAAGUAUUUACUCGUUGAAAGCGGGUUGUGGUGCAGAUCGGCAAAGUUGGGACAGGGAGUUCUGUGUACAUUUCAUAUAAUAAAUCAUGGCUCCGCCGACGAAAGGCAAACAGGGCACCAAAGGAGCCAAGCAAAUUGUCGAAGACAACCAGGCAACUCUUAGUUUUUACAGGAACAUGGCUUUGGGAAGCAUAGCGGCGUUCGUGGUCCUCAACUUUAUAUUGUUCGAAUUUACAACUUUUGUGACGGUGAUGACGGUCCUCGCCAUAGCACUCCUUUUUGGUAGUUACCAAUUCAUGGCAUUCAUGUGCAAAGCUAAAAUAUCAGAGACUGGAGCAAUUUUAGAUUCAGGAACAGAUUUGAAUAUGGAAGGUGGUAUAGCAGAACACGUCAAGGAUUUAAUAAUUUUAGCAUCAGGCACAACUCUGCUUACAUUAUUGUCAAAUUACUUUUGGCUUCUGUUGCUGCUUGUCCCUUUGCGGGCGUUCUGGAUGCUAUGGGGAUCGGUGAUUAAGCCUUGGUUAUCACAAAAAGACGAACAGCCUGAAAUCGAUGAGAAAAAACAACGAAAAAUGGACAGAAAAAUGAAGCGAAUGAGAUGAAGAUAGCACUAAGUAGUCGCAUUCAAAUGUAAAUAUGUAUUAGUUAGAGUUUGUAUGUUCUGAAAGCUUUUGUGACAAAUAAAAAGAGUUAUGAUGAAAA